UAAGAAUGCUAACAUUGUCAUAAUCAUCAGAUCAGAACUGAUUUGGCCCCCAGCAGUGUUGCGUUCCGUUUCAGAUUGAUGGUGGGGCUUUUGUUUUGAAAAUGUGUACCGGAAGUCAGCUGCGGUCUCGCUCUCUUGACCAACGGGAUAAAGAAGCGGUCAGUGGAUGAGCUGGUGAUGGAGCGGACAGCAGGGCCGGUGAGAGCAGCAGUGAGAGGUUCACCACAACACGUCAUUCCAACCAUGAUACGUUAACGCUGCCGUGGGGACGCGCGAGGCCAUGUUCUCACCAGGAAGACCGCACUUCCUGCUGCUGUGUAUGGCCGUGCUGGCUCUGGACGGGAUGCCUUCUUAUGGACACAAGUUGAGUUUCCAGCGGACAGAGAAAGUGGAUUUGUUGCAGCAUUUCUCCCAGAUGGUAUUCAAUGCCACCGAUGUGUCCCUAUCACUGGACAGUCGGGGGUGUCCAACUCUCCAAAUCAGUCAUUACGGCAGUCUCACAAUGGCCACACAGCAGGCCUUUGGACAAAGGUUUUCUGUUGAAUUCAGCAUACUGAUGGAGUUUCGCAGCUCUCAGUGGGAGGAAAGCAGCGUGGUCACUCUGUUAAACGCCCAGCAUCACAUCCACCUGCAGCUUCGUCUUGGCCCACAUUCUUUAACCUUCAUCUCCACCCAACACAGAGAAUACGAGUUCUCAGUGGGCUCUCUGCGUGAUGGACAGUGGCACCAGGUAUCACUGGGUGUCUCCCCGCUCUGGCUGGACGUUUAUGUAGACUGUUCUCUGGUGGAGAGGGUGAACUGGGCCUAUCCUUGGCAAAGCAUCUCCACUGAUGGCCUGUUGAUGAUCGGAGGCAGCCUUGAGGGCUUCGAGACACCCUUUGAUGGUGCUGUGAGACAAAUUACUUUUGUGAUGGGGGAUCCAGAUGCUGCUAGAGACCACUGUGCUCUCCAAAGGCCGGCCUGCAACCUAGCAACCUCUAAUGCACUCUUGAACCUGCAUUACGGCACCAGCCCCUAUGAGUCAUCUGACAGUGCGGAUGGAUCUGCAGAUAUGGAGGUGAUGCAGUGGGACCCUCUCCACAUGGGACUAACUGUUGAUGGGCAACAGACAGAUACGGAUCACCUGCUGAAGAGAAACCCUCCAGACAACAUAAAUCAAGAUGCUGGAGACCAAACUCAUGGCUUUAAACUUGUUGAUGAACCUCACAUCAACAACAGCAACAAAGAAGAUGGAACAGUUCAUGACACUGACUUCUCUUCAAACAUCCAAAAGUUUGAUGAAAACAUUGUUCAGAAAAAUGCAGCAGACUCAACCGUGCAUAUUGUAGUCAACACGGCCAUGCCUGAUUCACUGACACAAAUGCAUGAGGUCAAAGCUCGUAAUGUUACUUUACAGAUGGAUGAGAACAUCAUACCAUCAAUGGCAACUAAGGAACACUUGGAGACAAACAGUCUUUUAAGAAACAAUGAGGAAGGGCGGCAUUCCAGUCUGCAGCAAAGAGAGUCACCACCAUCUGUACCUGCUACUGGAACAGGCAACAUUAUCUAUGGAUCUGACCACAGAAUCUACCGAAUCCACGAAGGUCUGCCUGGUCCAACCGGACCACGAGGAAGAAGAGGAUGUGCUGGGAGAGAAGGCUUUUUUGGAUUUAAAGGUGAUAAGGGCUCUCAUGGCAUUCAAGGCCUAAAUGGGAGGAAAGGUGAUCCAGGACCUCCAGGACCUCCAGGACUCCCCAAUCUCUACCUAUGGAGGAACUCUGAGGAGGACUGGGCUGCUUUUAGGAGAUCAUCUGUCUAUCAAAUACUCAGAGCCGGCUGGCCGGUGACGCCAGGUCCUCCUGGACCCAUGGGUGAAAUGGGCAAACCUGGCCGUCCAGGUAUUCCUGGAGAUUCAGGGAACACAGGGAUGCCAGGUCAGAGAGGACACAUGGGUUACCCUGGGCCAAAGGGUCUCCCUGGCAAUACAGGAAGGAGGGGCAGAGAUGGCGGUCGAGGUUUGGAUGGUCAUUGUGGGCCACCAGGACCAUCUGGGCUAAAGGGUCCGAGAGGUUUCAAAGGAGAGGGGGCUUCAGCAGGGGACAAAGGUGAUGAGGGUUUCACUGGAGAGCCUGGACCAAGUGGAGACAGAGGGAGGCGAGGGGAAAAGGGAUCUAAAGGGGAGCCAGGAGAAGAUGGACCUGUUGGCCCACCUGGUCCUUUAGGUAAAAGAGGCAUUCAGGGGCUUCCUGGAUCUCUGGGACUGCAGGGAGACUCUGGGCAUGAUGGAAUGAAGGGUCCUCCAGGCCCAGCGGGUGCACCAGGGGCUACAGGCAGUAUAGGACCACCUGGACUGAAUGGGUCUGAGGGGGAUAACGGUCCAACUGGUCCACGCGGUCGUAAAGGACCCCCAGGCCCGUCAGGAUUAGCAGGAGAGACAGGCUCACCAGGACCGAGAGGGAGUCAGGGUCAGCCCGGCUAUGAUGGCCUUCCUGGUCCAAAAGGGGAUGUGGGUGAAAUAGGUCCCUUUGGAACAAAAGGAUUCCCUGGCAUUGAAGGGCCCAUGGGGAUGACUGGAAGUCCUGGUCCAAAAGGAUUUGUUGGUGGCACAGGCUUCAGAGGGCUGACUGGUGACAAAGGAGAAGCUGGACCGAAAGGAGACAGAGGCCCACCAGGUGAUGCAGGGAUUGAGGGCCGGCACGGGGAGAGGGGUGAACAUGGCAGCACUGGUCCCCCGGGGGUGAUAGGUCAACCUGGGACCCAAGGAGAAAAGGGUGAAGAUGGAGAGGCAGGUCUCCCAGGUGAAGUUGGGAAACAAGGGCCAAAGGGCAGCAGAGGCCCCCCUGGACAAAAUGGGAAUUUAGGACUCAAAGGACCAAGGGGUCGGACAGGACUCCCUGGCCUGUUUGGUCUACCUGGCAUGCCGGGUUUCAGUGGCAGAGCUGGCACUGAGGGACCAGAAGGAAAGCCUGGUACACAGGGUGUUCCUGGUUCUGUUGGCUCUCCUGGCCCUGAUGGAGACAGAGGGUUUCGAGGUGAAGCUGGUGAUCCAGGGAAGGCAGGUUCUCCAGGAGCUCUGGGUCCUCUUGGAAGUCCAGGUCAAAAUGGGGUUCCUGGACCAGCUGGGGAGAGGGGUUUCACAGGGAAAGUGGGGUUGAUGGGCCCUCAGGGACCAGUGGGCAUGUAUGGUUACCCUGGAGCAGUUGGUCUGACUGGGAGACCAGGUCACAUGGGGCAGAUGGGAGAUGCUGGUGUCAGAGGGCCUCCCGCCUCUCCAGGAAAGACUGGACCUCCAGGUCUGCAGGGCCCUCCUGGUAAGAGGGGGCCUGUGGGACCACAGGGUCAGCAAGGGGAGAUGGGACCCAAAGGCGUUAUGGGACUGCCAGGCCCUCCAGGCCAGCCAGGACCAAAGGGUGGCAUGGGUAUCCCUGGUCCUUCAGGGAGCAAGGGGCUUCCGGGGCCAUCAGGCGCAGAUGGACUGAGAGGAUUUCAAGGAACAGCAGGGAUUAUUGGACCAACAGGUCAGGUUGGAGAGAAAGGAGAGCAGGGAGCAGUUGGUCCUGCUGGUGAUACUGGUCAUCCAGGUCUGAAUGGGCAGCAGGGUCAUCCAGGGCCAGCUGGUGAAGAAGGAUCUCCUGGAUCAAAAGGUGACCAGGGAGCACUGGGCCCCCAGGGACAAUCAGGGCGCAAGGGACCAAAGGGGGAGCCAGGACCUCAGGGCUCCCACGGGCUGCAGGGUGAGCCUGGGCAGAAGGGCAAAGAGGGUGAUGAUGGAGAGCCUGGUGUUCCUGGGGAUCCCGGUACUAAAGGAACAAAGGGAGAUAAGGGUAAUCGUGGCCUAUUGGGAUCAGAUGGGCCUCCAGGAGUCCCAGGCAUACAAGGACCAAGAGGGUCAAAAGGAGAAAAGGGUUACGCAGGUUUAAUGGGUCAAGGAGGUCUGAUGGGGAAGGUUGGACCAUUUGGCUUAUUGGGACUACAGGGUUGGCCAGGUACUUUUGGGAGUCCAGGACCUGAUGGGCCACAAGGACAGAAGGGACACAGAGGUCCUGCUGGUUUGACUGGUGAGCCCGGGGCUCCAGGCUCUAAGGGCAUGGCAGGAAGCCAAGGUAUGAAAGGUGACCUGGGAAACCUUGGACCAGUGGGGUCUACAGGAGUCAGAGGACGAACAGGUAGUCUUGGUCCAAAGGGUUUUUCUGGACCUGAGGGCCUGAGAGGACAGCAUGGACAGAAAGGGGAGCCUGGAGCGGAGGGUCCUGAUGGCCAGCCAGGAGAAAGAGGACCUCCAGGAUUACCAGGACCGGAGGGUCUCGUGGGUGAGAUGGGACUUCAGGGUCCUGGUGGCGCUCCAGGACCUCAGGGACUGAAAGGUAGACCUGGGCUGGAGGGAAGAAAAGGACAAAAAGGUCAAAAGGGAGACAAUGGCAAAAGUGGACGUCCAGGGAAAGAUGGACGGAUUGGGAUGCAGGGGAAAAGAGGGAAAGCUGGAAGUAGAGGCAUAAGAGGAAGGCAAGGAGAAAAGGGGAAGAUGGGAGAUUUGGGUGCAUUUGGUCCUCCAGGGAGACGCGGGACACAUGGUACACCUGGUUCACGUGGAGAACAAGGUGGAAUGGGUAGCUCAGGCUUUAAGGGAGAACCUGGGGCCAUGGGACCACCUGGCCCUCCUGGUGGAGAAGGUUUAAAGGGAAUGCAAGGCUCCAUAGGAGAGGCAGGGCGAGCUGGUCAAAAAGGAGAGCAGGGGGAUAUUGGUCCACCAGGUAGACGAGGUGCUGCUGGCCUGCCUGGGCUGCCUGGUUUGUUUGGACACAAGGGCUUAAAAGGAUUUACUGGAACACCAGGGUCUUUUGGAGAGAGAGGCUUACCUGGUCCACCCGGCCCACCUGGACCCCCAGGAACCUCCCUGAACUUCACAGUGACUCAACUGAAAGAGCUCAUAUACAUUUACAAGCCCAACCUCGUCCUGGUCUGGACUCUGUUGGACUCCCUUCAGAGAGACCUGCACUGGUUUAUAAAUCCACCAGAUGGCAGCAAACAACACCCAGCUACUACAUGUCUGGAGCUAUGGCUCGCUCACCCCAGCUCCACAAAUGGGAUGUAUUACAUUGAUCCUAACCAGGGUAGCCCAGCUGAUGCUUUUCAAGUGUACUGUGACUUCACAGCAGAGCCAAAGACAUGUCUGUCUCCACUGCAGCCAAAGGUUCCAGUGAAAGCUUGGCUGAAGGAUUCUGGCACAAACAUGACAUUUCACUGGUUGAGCACAGUUGAAGAUGGCUUCCAGUUUGAGUAUCCAGGAGCAGAUGUGGUGCAGAUGAGGUUUCUGCGAAUGAACAGCAGAUUGUCCACUCAGAACAUCACUUACUUCUGUCAGCCAGAAAAAAACACACAGAGCCACACAGAGAGGGAAGUCAAGUUCCUGGCUGACACUCGUAGGCAGAGUUACCUGGGGUCACUACAAGACUGUGUGCUGGAGUCAGGAGCCCACGAGUCAAUAUUUCAGUUUGAAAGUGAAGAUCUCCUACUGCUGCCUCUCAGAGACCUGGCAGUAUUUGGAAACAAAGAAGUAACCCAGAAGUUUGGCUUCACCAUUGGACCAACAUGCUUCAGCUAGGGACACUGCCUGUCUCUGAGCAUGACUGCAUCUGUGGUGGUCUGCUGUUAUAAGGAUUUGGACUGGGACACCAUGCAUUUCUGGCACUUAUGGAUUGUCUUUAUAGCGUGACAUCAUUUUAGAGUUACCAUUGCUUCUAGUUCACUGUUGUCCAACUUUUUUGCCAGCGUGUUGGCCAGCCAAUCUAUUGCGGAUGUCUUUCAGCAGUUUUGCUGCUCCGAGUGGGAAUGCUUGGUCAAAACUGACUAAUCCACAUUCACAACCAUCUUUUAGAACGACAAACCAAUGAAGACAGAAGACACAAAGUGAAGUUAAGAUCCAGCAAGAGAAAUCAUCUCUCCCCUAUUAUCACAGACUGUUGGCUUGCCCACAUUUUAGACCAGGAUCAUUAUAAACCUGACAUUCUUGACAUUAACCAUAUUUUGUACAUUUUGUUUGUGUGUUUUUGGAACUCUCCUAUUUAUAUAAAUGCUUGACAUUUACUUAGUCAUUUUGAUUAUGAUUCGGGUGAAUUUUCACUUCAUUAUUGUGUUCAGGUGACAACAUAAGUGGUGCUGGAAGCUUGGUGAUAUAGUGACAACUCAAUGAACAUGUAACAAAGCAAAUAUGAUUGUUUCCUCUCCUGACUCUCCAGUUCACUCUGUUCCUUUAAAGAUCAAAUAGAUCAGGGAGGCCAGUGCAUCUGCUAAUGUUAGCUGUUUACAUCCACAAUUAACAGCUGGGCACUGCAGCUUUUAGCAGCAAUUGAAAAACCAUAAGGAGCACAUUGCUAUGAUUUCAGAAGCUUUGAUACACUCUUAUAACACCAAAACUCACUGUUACAGCAGAGCUGCUGCAGAACUCCUGCAACACAUCUCAGAAACCAGCUGCCUCGUAUUUACAUUUGUUUUGUUCAGCAGGGAUUUUAUGUCAAUCUUGAGGUUAACAGUACAAUAUACACCACAUUGCCUAAUAUUGAGGUAUUUCCAAGACAGAGGAGAUUGACAGAAAAUAUUUCAACUAUUCAUUCAGACUUUAUAUUUAUUUUUUGUCUUUGUCACUCUUUAUUGAAUAAAUGAGUGCAACAAUAUGAGUUUGUAUGCAAUUCAUUAAUGAAGUUUUGGUUGCUCAGCCAUCAGGUGCAUUUUUUUUUGUCAAACUGUGGCUUCCAUAUAAAUAAAUGUCUCAUCAGGAAGAGUCUACCAAUCAGAUUAUGAACUCUGCCCGUGUGAAGAUUGGGCUUCUUUUCUGUUAAGAGAUAUGGAUCCUCAGUAUCUCAGUCAAAGUCAUUGAGACUUACUGGGGUGAAAGAACUGGGCCCAAAAUGUCAUCUAUGAGAACAUACAUGUUUAAUGAAACUAUUGUAAAUACACUGUGUGGCUGUUGUAGAUAUAUUUGAGCCUAGUUUAUUCAUCAUUGCCUGUAUUAUUACUUGUAAUAAUUCUGUUGGUUUACCAGCAUUAGCGACAUAUUUAUUUAUUAUUGACAUAAAAAAUAUCGGUCAGUGCAACUUUAAUGACUAAAUUAAGGGAUUGUGCUGUUUAGUUGAAUGUGUACCUGCAAGGUCGAAGGGUGUAUUCUGCC